UCACUCUGCAAGUGGAGGAAGUGAACACGCCCUGUUGUCGGAGAUUUGCGCAUGCGCCAGUAACUUCUCGCGCGCUCGCUCGAGUGGGCUGAGGUGCUGGACACGGGAGCGCGUGGGGGCAGAAUGAGCACGAGCUCCGUCUCCAAGGGCUGCUUUGUGUUUAAACCAAGUUCCAAGAAGAGAAGGAUCUCUUCAUCAACAGCUGACUAUUUUAGUGAAGGUAAAAAUGAUUCAGAGGACAGCGGUCUUCGAUUUGCUACUUGUCAGUUGUUAUGGAAGCAGAUCAAUUCUGAAACAGAGAAAAUACAAGAAGAACUCAAUAAACAAUUAUUUGAUAACCUAAUAAGUUUUCUGAGACAAUCUUACUCUGAAUUCCAAACAAAGAAGACAGAAUGGAUGUGUCGGAUGAAAUCCAGUGAAAUUCCUACUGCAGCUCUUGUCCUAGGUGUAAAUGUUACAGAUCAUGACGUGACUUUUAAAAGUCUCUCAGAGGUUCUUCAGGAUAACGUUACUCCUUAUGUAGUCUCACUGCAAGCCAAAGAAUGCCCAGGCAUAAAACAUCUGCUUCAGAAACUGAUGGGACAGCUAAUGGACUGCUGUGUAGAUGUGGACUCAUUUGAAGAGGAGGAAUGUGUUAACAUUUCCCAGAAAAAGAUACGCUGCUCAAUGGCUUCUCUUUCCAAAUGGUACGAGAGUGUAACAAAGAAAACAGGUUCUGAAACUCCAAGCAAAAAAAUAACUUCCUCUUCCAGGCACUGGCAAUCUCCUCCAAUUGUGGUUAUCUUCAAGGAUAUGGAAAGUUUCACAACAAAAGUACUUCAGGACUUCAUAGUUAUCAGCAGUCAGCACAUACAUGAAUUCCCUCUUGUACUCAUUUUUGGAAUUGCCACGUCUCCAAUGAUCAUCCACAGGUUACUUCCUCACUCUGUUUCUUCUCUGCUGUGUAUAGAGCUUUUCCAGUCUCUUUCCUGCAAGGAGCACCUGGCUACAGUAAUUGACAAGCUACUUCUGACAACUCAGUUUCCCUUUAAACUAAGUGAGAAAGUGUUGCAAGUUCUAAUCAACAUAUUUUUGUACCAUGAUUUCUCUGUCCAGAACUUUAUCAAAGGAUUUCAGCUGUCUGUUGUGGAGCAUUUCUAUUCCCAGCCCCUCAGUGUGUUGUGCUGCCAGCUCCUGGAAGCUAAGAAGAGAGUAAAUUCUUUAUCUCACAAUCAGUGUGAAAACAUUCGAAGCCUGCCAUCUUUUAGAAGAUAUGUGGAAAGUCAAGUCUCAGAAAAACAAAUUGCACUUCUGACUGAAGACAGUUUUUUAAAGGAGGUAACACAGACAUUACUGGAAGACUUGCAUAUUUACCAUGAGAAUUAUUUCACAGUUCUGAGAUGUCUUCAUGUUUUCACAACUUCCCUUCCAAAGUACCCUUUGGGCAAACAGAUCAGAGAGCUGCACUGUGCAUGUUUGGGAAAGAGUGUGUGGGAAACAGAAGAAUAUGGGUCAACUGUUCAGUUACUAAGGAUGUUGGCUAAGGAUGAGUUGGUGGCCAUACUUCAAAAAUGUGUGGAGAUUUUUAUAUCGUCUUCUGGAAAACAGUUUAGCAACACGGUAGAAAAACUGGAGGAGUUCCUGGCACGAUUUCAAAAUCUGGAAGUAGCAGAAACCAAUGAGGUACAAGAUGUGUCUGUGUCGUCACAAAAGGAACUCCAGAAGAAGACAGACCUCUAUCACCUUCAGAAGACUUUGCUGGAGUUGAAAGAAUCAAAAAGAUCUAAGAAACUAACUAAGUUUGAAAUGCUCCGGUUCGAAGUGGUUGACUUUAUAGACAGCCUGGUAAGAAGUUACCUUGCUCCUGCAGAGAUGCAGACCCUGAACGAAGUGGUGUAUUUCAACACAGCUAACACCCUCCGUGAGCAUUUGAAUGCUGCCCCACGGAUUGCUCUUCACACAGCUCUGAACAACCCUUAUUGCUACCUGAAAAAUCAAACUUUGAAAAGCGACGUCGGAUGCAUUUCUAAUACUGCUCCUGACAUAUGCAUAGUGUAUAAACUUCAUUUGGAGUGCGGCAGAUUAAUAAAUCUUGUUGACUGGUUAGAGGCCUUUUCAACUGUGGUAACAGCGGUUGAAGGAACAGACCCAGAUUCAAUGGCCACAGACCAGGUGGAUGAAAUUAUCCACGCUCGUUUUAUUAGAGCUGUUUCAGAACUGGAACUUUUAGGGUUCAUAAAACCUAGCAAACAGAAAACAGAUCAUGUGGCAAGGCUGACAUGGGGAGGCUGUUAAAUGAUAGAACAAGUCAAGAAAGAGUAACCAAUGUAUGCAUGCUGCCUAUGAAAAUUCAUUAUGGCCUAAGGGGGACAAUGUAGCCCUUGGGACAAAUUAAUCCUUUAUGUAACUCUACUGAUGUUAAAGGAGUUAAACUAAGGAUAAAUUUGACCUCUUAUGAACUAUAUUCUAAUUGCUAACAAAGUAUUACCUCUUUUCUAUAUGUUUGUAUGGACAAGGAGUUAGCUUUAGUACAUGAUUUAAUAUUCACUUAAACUUGCAAAGUUCUGACCACUGUUCUGUACCAGCUUUCAUCUUCUGUGAUGUAUGGUAUGGUUUAGGCUAGGAGACUGGAAUGAGAUCAUGUUGAAUUUUCUUUUAAUGUGUAAUCCUGAAUGUAAUUUGCUCACAAUCUGGAUUUAAAUGGUCAUGUUAUGAAAUGUUCUCCAGAUACUACAUAUUUUCAAAAAAUCAUUGAGAUUUUAAACAAGCCUCUGUAACCCUAACCCACUGAGAACUCCCCUUGUGGUGUGCAGUACCAGCAACUCUGAGUGGAACUAUUUGACGAUCCUGGUGAUAGUACCCUGGGAAGACUUGUCUACAAACAGAAGAAAACCGGGUUUCUGUAUUAGAAAAUGAAGGAAAAGUGUUCCCAAAGGGACAAAAACAAUUGUUACAAUCCAAUUUGAUAACAUAGCUGGACACUAAAUAAGACUAUUUCAAAAAUACUCCUUUAGCUAGCCUACAUUAAUCAGAUUUCAUUAUCCACCUAGGAGAAAUGAGAACAUUGCACAAUUGAGUGCUGAAGGAAGGUAAUAAAAUACCCAUUUAAAGUACAAGGUCAUCAUUUCUCAUCUCCCUCCCCACCCCCACCCCACGAGAUUUUUGUUCAUUGUGCAGUGGGACAAGUAAGGGAAACAGCUGUGUGGGACUAAUGUAACCGUUGACAUGAUUUCAUAACUGACAGCUAUUCAGCCACUGCUAUUAGGUGAUGGGUGGAACAUUCCAAACCAUUUGUGCCCUAUGCUAGGAAUGAAAUAAGUUUAAUCAGGGGGCUAUCCUAGCCUAGUGAAGUGUAGACAUUAAGACAGAACCACUCCAGAUCACAAACUGAGCGAUUGUAAAUUGUUUGUAAAGUGCCAUCAGUCUAGAAGUACAAUGUGGAAGCCUAAAAUAAGGCUACACUGUUUCUCAGCAUUAAAAAUCUGCAAUACAGGUUUGUCCUGAUAUAAUAAUAAUCUAUUGUGAUUUCUCUUCCCAGGAAGAUAAAUAGUUGAUGUGCAGUGUUUGACUUUUUAAGUUAGAUUGAAGAUCUCAGUAUGGAAUCGUAUGGGCAAACUAGCCUACUUCAAAGCAAGGACCAAGUUUAUAUUUUUUCUGAUGAGCUGAUAAAUAGCCCCCAAAAGUACUCAGAUACAUUCUCAAUGUGGUUUGUGCAAACUUCAGGCCAGAGAGUCUUACUACUGUUACUAUGAGCUGCACAGCUAAAGGGUUAGUGCAUUUACUCCUAAAGGCCAACCAAUGCUUCCCAGCCCAGCCAGUGGAAAUUUUGACUGGUAACUGCAUGCAUACUAUUCAAAAAGACAAAAUCCUAUUUUUUCCCCAAAAGAACUAAACACGCUGGGUUGCCUUGUUUGCUGAAAUAAUUGCAUUUCUGAAGGAACCACUUGCUCAUAUGCAGAAAAAAAUAAAUCUGACAAAGGAACAUGGUGAUGAGGAUAAAGAGGAGUUAUGUACUGUAAUUGCCUCCUAAAUGUGACCGACAAAAUACCUGAACAUGACUUACUCCUUGUGAUGGGUGACUUUAAUGCUAAAGUAGAAGGUGACAACCAAGCAAUGCAAAGAGCAACUGGGGAAAAGCCUGCAUUGGGAACAAUCAACUAAAAUGGCAAGACGCUUAUUGAACUGUGCUAAGUAUGACCUAGCUCUUGCAAGUGCCAUAUUCCCUCAGACACACACAAAUGUAAUUCACCAGAUGGCAACACAAAAACAGAUCAACCACAUCUGCAUUACCUUGAGAUUCAAAUAAUCUGUUCAAGAUGUAAGGGCAUAUAGAGCAGCAGAUGUAAGCAGUGACCAUAAUAGUUGCAUUGCUAAAUUGAAAUUAAAGUUAAGAUCAGCUUUAAACAGAAAGUGGCAAAGAAAAAAAUAUAAAAUUAAAAAUCAAAACAAUGUGAAAAAUUCUAACUUUAAUUAAGGAACAGAUUUGAGGCACUGCAAGAAGCAAAGAUGAGAGACCGGACUGGAAAAAAAAUGGGCAGUGCUCAGAGAAUGUGAUUUAAGCUGCAGCAUUCACAGGUUGAUAUCAGCAGAGGCCGAACAAGAAUUAGAUAAGCGAGGAGAUGCAGCAUCCCAUCAAGGAAAGAAGUACAACUCCUGCACAUUAAGGCCAAACUAUUGAGAAAGGCAAAGGAGCAGCAUAAGAAAGCAAAAGCAAGGAAAGGCAAACAGGUGUUGAAGACCUAAGCAGCUGAAGCUGCUGCUGAUUGCAAAUUUCAACAGGGCCAAUAAACAAAAUGGAAAAAUGCUUACAACUGAGGUAAACUGAGCAGAUGGACAGAGCAUCUUUAAAUCAAUAGACCCAACCCCCAUCAGCAUCAGAUUUUGAUUAAAUGUGAAGCUGAUCAAAUUGACCAAUCCAAUAGAAAUGUGCAGGCUGCAAUCAAAGUUGAAAAAUAAAGUAGCAGAUGAUCAAAUUUAUAUGCAGUUACAUUUGCCCUUUCAGGUAACGUUAGAAGCAUCUGCACAGUACACAUAAACAGGAGUGCAUAGACUAUGUAUGGAGCAAGUGGAUACAUAAUUAAAAAAAAACUUUAACUUAAGAUAUUGCUCUUUCCUUGCCAAAACCUAGAGCUAGUUACCUCUCAAACCAGAUCCUGUGCUCCACUUAGGACUAAUCAAGAAUUGCCUCUCUCCUUAAUGGUACAGGAUUUAGAAACACUCUCUGCAUCCCAUCCUAAGGUGACACACAGGCACUAUGGGGAUAGUUGAAAUCCCCCAUUAUUACUGACUUUUCUUUUAAUAGCCUCUCUAAUUGUCUGGAGCAUUUCACCAUCUUGGUCAGUAGUAUAUCCCUAUUGCUAUAUUCUUAUUCAAGAAUAGAAUUUCUACCCAGAGAGAUUCUAUGGUAGUUUAAUUCCUUUAAGAUUACUAUAUUUGACUUUCACAUAUGCUACUCCCCAGCAGCAUGACCUAUUGUCAUUCCUAUAUGUUUUGUACUAUAGUACUGCCCUGUCCAAUUGGUUAUCAUUCCGCCCAGUCGAAGAGGCCUAUUAUAUCAAUAUCCUCUUAAUACCAGGCACUCAGAUGCAUUUGUAUGCAAGCACUUAUAAAAUUUAGCUGUCUGCCAUUACGUGAUGUAAGACUCAUUUGACUUUCUCUUUAGUUCCUAUCUGUACUUUAUCAAUUUCUCUCCUCACCAGGAUAUACAGAAUUCCCAUUAAUAGAUAAGAUCCUCUAAGGGAUGUCUCUGUCUGAACCAUGUGCUCCUCCACACCUGUCACCUUCCCCCCAGCCCUUUAGUUGUAAAGGAGUUUUGUAAACUUUAAUUUUAUACAUCAGGAAUCUGGUUCCAUCCUGCCCUAUAGGCUCCUCCUUUCCCAAAAGACUCUCCUGUUCCCAAUAAAUCUAACCCCCUUCUCCCUACACCAUCAUUUCAUCCACACAGUGAGACCCUUCAAUUCUGUUCCUAGAAGCAUUUCAGAGAAUGCUACCAUGGAGGUAGUGGACUUCAAUCUCCUUCCUAGCAGCCUAAAUUUUAAAAUCACAGUAUUAGCUAUUCCCAUCUCCUUGCCUAUAGCCAAUGCAAUACAUUUUCAGCCCUGGUGGCUGGAACAAUCACUCACUCACUUUCAUACCACAUGAAAAAGAGGCUGGGGAACAUAAAUGUUACAUGACAGUUGUAUGUUGGGGGGGGGAGGGAGAAUUUGGUAGAACAGGCUUGCUCCUUCCUUAUGCUAUAGCUCCUAGUAAUGGACAGCUGUUUAUAAACUGGUUGCUUGAAUGGGCUAACCCAGCUCCUUAGUGUCAUUUUAUUAAAUGAAAAAAUGGGCACUGCAUUCAACUGAUUUUUGCUUUUGGAUUGUAGGCUACAACUACACAAGACUGGCAAAAUAAAUAACUCAAAUAUAAUAGUGCAGACCACAAGUCAAUGCCAACAAUCCAGCUGCAGGGAACUCAUUUUACAUAACACCUAAGUGGAAUAUUCUGCCCCAGGCACUUCUACAGAAGCAUGGCGGUUUUAAGAGGUUCCCCACAUCACACUGCAUGUCAUCCCCUGGCCUACUCCAAAACGCUUUGAAAGGUGAAAGACAGGCUUUGCACUUCAUGGGAUUUCGAAGGAAAGGAAAAGGGGGCAAAAAAAGGUGUUCAAAGAACUAUAUAGAUUCCAAGAUGAGAUCAUUGAUCUAUGACUUGUGUUAUACAGAUUAGAGGAGAACUUCCCCAAAAUAAUCUCUACAGCAUAUCUUUUAAAAAGCACACAAUCUGAUUUAAAAUUGGCAGUGAUAAGAGAAUACACCAUGACCCAUUAUUCCAACAUUUCUUUAUAGAAGGCUAAAAAUCCCUACAGCACUAUAGCUUGAGGAAAAUUGGCAAGACAAAUACCACCCCUGAAAUGCAGCUUUCCCUUUGUUUAGUGAUAGUUGAUAAAUCACAGAAAAUGCCAAUAAGAGGCUCUUAAUUGUAACACAUUUUUUCUCUGACACCUUUUUAAAUGAGGACUGUACAGUUCCUUCAAGGAAAAGCUCAAGUGUGAAACCAAACUGCAAGAGCCCACCAUGCCUAGGUCAUCACAGCCUUCACAUGCUAAUAGCACCGAGUUCAGGGAGAAAAGGGGACCAAAAAAAUAGCAGCAGCAAAGUCUAGAGAUAGGCUUGGAACGAUUAAUGUAUUAAAUGUCAAUUUCACUGUACACACCCCACUGAAAAUAUAGCUAGGCCAGGUAAGAAAAAUGCUACUUGAGAACUGAGUUUGAUGUAAGGAUACUUAUUUUGUUUUGAGAUGUUUUAACAGUUAUGCUUUAACUUUUUGAAUCUCACCAUGUCAUUAAAUAAUUUCCCACAACUGACAAUUUAAAUAAAUAAGACAGUAAAAAAUGUUUGUUUUUAAACACCUAUGCUAUCAAUUGUAUAAAACACCCUGAAUUUGGCUAAGUAUCUACUAUAAGCAUUUUCUCAUCCAUCUGGUUAAUUUCAAACUGGCAUUAAGCAAGCUACACUUAACCCUGGUA